UAUACUUCUUGUGUGGAGACCGACGAGUAAAAAAAGAUCAACGGUAAGACGAAUCAAAUUUUCGCUUGAUGUGAGAGAUAAAUUACAGGAUCGAUUAAUACAACUGGAAAGCCUCAACCUUUCUACUUCUGCAAGAAUGACGUUGUGGGGCGGCCUUUCCUCUGGUUUUAAGAAUCUGCAAGAUCUUGCGCAGGAAACGCAAACGAAACUUCAAGGUUCCAUAGCAGCACAAUUGAACAAUGACGAGUUUCCGGUCCCAGAGAUGCGGAGGUGCUCUGAACUUAACUACCUCGACGUCGACUGGCAUCACGGGAAUUAUAAAUGAAAGACUUUUAUUCUUCGAGCACACCCUAUAAUUUUAAUUUUGAAUUAUCUAGUAUUUGAUCUACAUCAAUCAGGACCAUUGGGCCCAAGUAGUCAAUGCCCAAUUAGUUGGGAGUCUCAAUCUGAUCAACCCUAUGCAACGACCAAGGGUUCUUCUACUUCUUCAAAUCUCUUACUCUAACUUUUCUGUCACACACACACACAUUACGCAGGGCCAACGGUUCCAUCGGGAGCAACAGCCAGGGGUAUACGGGUAAGGCAGAGGAUGACGAGGACAAGGCCCUCAACGCUUACAUUCGGACCCAGUACCAAGCUCAAAAUCGCAGUCGAGCGGGCAGCGCAGGAAGCAAUAUCUCAGGCGGGAGCAUUCCUUCCGGUAGCAGCAACGCGACUCCAGCAACUGCGUCCUUCCCAUCAGUUUCGUCGACCGGAAAUGGGCUCCCAUCGAGUGCUAAUAUGCCUGUUGAUGUAACAGGAGGAAGGGCCGUGGCAAAUAGCAACAUGCACCUUCAAGCCGGUACUAACCGAGCGGGCAGUGUUUUGCCACCAACUCCACAGCAGACAAAUUUGGAAUUGUUUCCGCCGCCGCCUGCACCUCCGCCACCGCUGCCUGCUCCAGGAGGAGGUGGGACCACACCGGGUACUGUUGGCGCAGUGAAUCGUCUCACUGGCUUGCCCGUUUUGCCUGCGGGAAGUGCGGAAAUGACGGCAGGUAGCGCUUCAUCUACUUCGACAUCAAUCGAUGGCCCGAAGAAGAGUCCAGCAAGAGAGCUAUUUGGAGCAAGGCCAGGGCAGCAACAACGCAAACCUCCAAGCAGCAUGCCGUCCCUCCUGGCCACGAUGUCAGUUGCAUCGCCGAUAGACACCCGCACAGCAAUCACGACUACCGCUCAGUCGGGAAUCAUGACACAGCCGCUACCGCCUCCACCCGCAGCAGGUGGCUCUUCAACGUCGUCAGCAGUACCUUUCACACCGCAGUUUGAAGGCGACGCAGCAGUCAAAAAAACCACAAGUAUGACACCAUCGUUAGCUUCAGCGCAAAGCUACACAACACCAACACACGACGGGAUUCCAGAAACGAGUUGCCCACCGAAGCAGAGAGAAUCGGUUACGAUACCUCCAUCCGCCGCAACGUCGUCAUCGUCGCAGUCGCCUGGACCAGGUGUUGCCAUGGCAUCUAGUGCAGUGCCAGCAGCAUCAUCGAUGGGCGUAAUAUCUGUACCUACUAGUACUACAACUUCUUCCAUAGGGCUGGGAGGUCCUCCUCCAAUAGGAGUAGACUUAACACCCUCUCUCAGCGACAAUAUGAAUGUCCUUCAUCAAAUAUCUGGAGUACCAGGAUCUACAAUAGUGACGCCUUCUUCCAUACCUCCAGCUCCACCUCUUGGCACUUCUGCACCUGCUGAAGCCCCUCAACAAUCCGCUACUUCUAGUACAACAAUCCCGAUGGUAUCUUCGGCUGAUUUAGAGGGCGAGGGAUUCUCCUUACCAUCGCUUCUAGGCGCAGCAGGUGGCGAUGCUAGUGCUGCCAUGAACCUCAUGUUUCUCCAGCAGCAACUUCGCGAGACGCAAAAGCAGAUACGCGUGAAAGACCAACGCAUUCAACAACUUGAUUAUGAUGAUGAAACAUCUACUGUUCUAGAUGUUAUAUCUCGUGUGUUAGUGCUUGAGUUUGUGGGAGCACUCAUGCGAUGAGAUGUAUACUUCGAGACAGGACGGUGAUAAAAGUCUAUCAGUCAGAUACAGACUUUUUCGUGUGUGACAAUGUUGUCCGCGUCAACAAGAACCAGUGCUGAUACUAUUCGUUCGAUUUUUUGUACUUAUCUGAUUCUAAGACUCGCAACAGAAUCAGCUAUUUCAAGAGCAGCUUCAGCAGACGAGUCAGUUGCAGGCGCAACUUCAGGCCCGGUUUCGUGAGACGGAAGGCCAGCUGAGGCAAGCCAAAGAGCAGGCGACUCAGCAGGAGACUGCAGCAGCAGCGGCGGGCGCAUCGUCAGGUGCACAAGACGCACAGAAAAGCCGACAGGAAGCAGACGAGCUGAAGCUAGCGCUUGAAGCAUUUCGCACGCAAGUGGAGGAGGAGAGAAAAGAAACUCAGAAACAGGUACUCAUUGAUCAUGUCUUCACUAUUAUACUGUUAGUGAGACGAGCAUGGGAUUAAACCGAGAUGUAUUUGCAACUGCACCUUUUUAUAGUGCCUCGUCCAUUCAAAGAGGAAGAGCCCAAUGCCCAAAGCGCCUCUACUUAUAUAUAUUUAUUUCUAAUAUAGAACAUCUCAGCUUCGCGGGUACGAGACGAGCAAUCAGCAGCUGCAAAAUCGACUUGACCGGCAGCAGCAGUUAUGAUGAAGAUGUCGUGUUCAUCAGCUAAUACUGACUUCAUACGGAAGUAGUCGUAGUCCUUUUAACAUCUAGUAUAUGUGCCACAAGCACAUCACUGACAUUGAAAUAUUACAAGCCCCGAGUUCGAGAUUAUGACUCAAAUAGAAUAUUUUUACGAGGCUGGCGGGUACCCGUUAGAGGACUUUUCCUCUUGAAAUUUCAGUGCGCUCUUUGUCAGUUUCUUUUUGUGUCUUUACGAAACGUCCUACUUCACGACUACUACUUUUUCAUUCUUCAAAAUGCGCGAUCUGGAGACGAACUACGCUCAAGCGUCUGCGCCAUUACAAAAGCGCGUCGCAGAACUAGAGGCCACUGCAAAGGGCAACACCUACGAUCUGCAGCGCACGAUCGACGAACUCAACACAGAUGUCACGUUCGAGAGAGAAAAAACAGAAGCCAUGGCGAAAGUACCCAUCACAUUAAUGCUUUUCGCUUGUGAAUGACUCUUAUUAUACCUAGAAGUAGAAGAAGUAGAGGUAAAACAAAAGAAAUUGCAUGGAUAUGCGUCAGAUAUUCCACGCUUGAACGACGACUUGAUGACCCAUCAGAUAGACGUUCCAAUUUUCUGAAAGAAAUCAGAAAAUACUCUACUUGUUGCUCAAUCUUUCUAUCAGGAAAUGCAGCACUGGCGACAGCAGCUUUCAGAGUCGCACGCCCUUGUGGCUGAGCGCGAAGAAGAGGUUCGGAGCCUCAAGAAUUCGGACCGGCUCGAAAUUCAAACACUAAAACGUGCUCUCGCACAGCUACAAAAGCAGGUCGCCGCGGCAGCGGAACAGAACACGACGACGAUCAGUACGUCGUCAAAGCAAUCAUCGGUCGAAGCAGAAGCGCAUCCUCACGAACAGGCUAUCUUGGAGAAAAAUGGUGGCGAGCAAAGAACCGAAUUAGCAGUACUAGAGGGUGAGGGACUAGCGGCUCAACAACCGCAAGAAGCUAGUGGAUCCUCGUCGACAGCCACAGGAUCAACGUCCACGCCAGACCAAGCGAAUCGGCCAGAGGGAGCAAUAGACGAAGCUACAACCCCUGCGGCUCUUGGACUUGGCGCAGUAGAGAACGACCAGCUUACUACAACUAAGUAUAACAGCGUGUCGAUGGAUAAUGUAGUUAACGAUAAUGAUAAUUUAGAAGUAGAUCUCAGUCCAUCUGACGCGCAGUGUAUACGCAGACAAAACGCACACUUAAAAAGCGAAUUGCAAAGGCUGCGAGACGAGCUUAUGCGAAGGAGAACUGCUACACCUGCAAGAUCCAGUGCCGACCACCCAACAGGGGCUUCAAAAAAUGGCGAUUUCGCACCACCUGCUCGUGGCGACACUAGAAAUGCCGAAAAAAGUGCAGGCGCAGGAGAUUUUCAAAUCGCCAGCAAUAGCAACAGUACAACCACUGCGACCAUGCAUUCUUCAAAAGACGUGCAGCACAGCAGUACUAGAAGUAAUUCCAAAGAGCAGCGAGUUUUGGGGACACCUGCUCCAAAUCGAAGUAAAAACACUCCCUUGCAACUUCCCCUUGGAGACGCAUCAACCCCAGGAAGCGGAUCUGUUUUGGGUACCACCUCCGAGCAGCUUCUAGCUCCCGCAGAGCGGGAAACAGCACUCGUGGAUAGUUGGUUCCAACAGGAUGCGAUCAAUCUGACAGUGGAAAACGAUCGCCUGCGAGCAGACUACCAAGGACUGCAGUCACGCUUCGAAAAAGCUUUGCAAGUGAUUGGGCGUCUGCAAGAAGAAAUCGAAAAAACGAAAAGAUGACUGAUUUCAUUCGUUUUAUGUACCAUGGUGGAAGAUUAAUGAUUUAGAUAACGCUCCGUAUCCAAGUCCGAUGAUCAUCAAGAUGUAGAUUGUGUACGCGAUUUACAUUUAACUCUACUUCUGUCACAAAAUUUUGUGCGUUAUGUAUCUAUCAAUUUUAUCGCCUUAUGGUUAUGAACACUCAAUGUAAAAGCGAUGUUUACUACUGUACUAUCCACCUCCAGAAUCCUGUCGUGUUGCUUCAUCAAUUUGCAAUAAAAGUCGUGCUUCUACUCAUGAAGAUGUAAGCCAUUCUCAAAAAGAAUAAUCCGUCAGUUGUGUUUCGUUUUUCCACUUUUCCGACAUCACAGCGUGCAAUAUUUCGAACACCAAUGCAUGCAGUACAACUACAUUUACCAUAUCAUUUAUUUUGAUAUGGUGAAAGUGAAAUCUGUUUCGAACCGCACACAGCGACCAAAGGGGAGCGUGUGAAGGUAUACCUUCGGAAAUACAUCCGUUUCACGUCAUGCGUAUAAAGAAAGAGCAGAAGUGUUGUAUUUCGAUGCUCACUGACAUGUAAGAUCCACC